AUGACUUAGUGCAAGUUCAAAAAGAGAGAGCUAACAGAUCAACUCAAAAUUGAAAUUGACAGUCUUCAUUUGGUAGCAAAGAAUUACCCAGAAUAAUUAAUUGGGAAGUUCAUUUACGUUUAUUGGGAAAACGAUAAUAAAUGGUAUGCGGGCCAAAUUAGAAAGUUCUCUGAGUCAACCAGGAAAUUUAGCAUAGUCUAUGAUGAUAACUAGCAAGAGAGACUUGAUUUAACAAAUUAGUACUUCUUCUUUGAUGAAACUGCAAGGCCUACUGGCAAAUAUGGCAAGACUAAAAUCGAGAAAACUUUGAUGGGCACUUGA